AUGGCACCAAAACGAAACAACAACCAACAUACAACCAAACAUCAUCACCAUCAACCUAAUAAUCAAAGAAGUCCUACCCAUCAUACUAGACCUUCUUCUCACUCUUCUUCAGGAGCUGGGAAUUAUCAGUCUGAUGGUAACAGUAGUAACGACCAUAGUGGCUCGAACAAUGCCAUCGGUGGACGACCAUCAUCGGAGGCAUCGAGUAAUACCACUACACCUCGUAAUUUCAACUCUCAUAACAAGAACUCUACCCUCAAAAGAACAACAAGUAAUUCUUCGAUUGCGUCUUCUGACAGUAGUGAAGGAGGGGGAGUAAAUGAUGGAUCUAACAACAAUCGCCACAACGCUGGAAGACAUCAUCAUCACAACAGCGGAGGUGGCUCAAGUAGCAGCAACUCUAAACAUCGUGCAAAUACUCCUGGUAGCAACUUGCCAACCAGUACUGGACAAGGAAGUAGCAACUCCUCGCCCACUUCUUCGCCUAAUCCAAACAGGAAACGAAAAACAAACGUUCCACCUCCACUCGAUACAAGUAAUCUCAAUCAACAUAACACCAACAGGAGGCAAAUUUCAUCAGAGUUGGUAAAAGUGGACUUACCAUGGAGCAUACUGCAAGCAAAGAAUCCCUCUUUUAAGGCAGCAACAAGAGGGUUUCAUACUUGCACACUUGUAGAUGAUAGAUUAUACAUCAUUGGUGGAGAUAAUCGUCAGACAGAAUUUAAUGAUGUCUGUAUUUUUGAUUUGAAAACUCAUUUUUGGAUUAAGCUAUCUGAACAAUCCUAUUUACCAGCUCCUCGUACUGGACAUUCCACCGUCUUGUACCAGGAUAAACUGUAUUUAUUUGGUGGAAGAUACAAAGGUUUUUACACAACAGACCUAUUUGUGUAUGAUCUUAAAGAGAAUGUGUGGCAAAAAGAGAAUUUCGGCAAAAAGAAACUUGUUGCAAGAGCUGCACACAGCUGUUGCGUUAUUGAUAGCAAAAUGUAUAUAUUUGGAGGAAUAACUUCUUACCAAGGAAUGGACGGAAAAAUGAAUAGUGAUUAUCUCAAUAUUUUACAAACAUACGAUAUUCCUCAAAAGAAAUGGCGAGUGAUCAAACCUAAAGGUCAAGCGCCUUCUCCUAGAGCUGGACACGGAUGCUGUGUCGUCGGGAGAGAUAUUUACAUUUUUGGAGGACGACAAGGAACAAUAGUCCUUGAUGACAUGUACAAAUUUAAUGUAGAUAGCGAAAAAUGGAGUCGCGUAAUUUUCAAAGGAGAUACAAUACCUGAUGCCAGAGCAGGUCACACUAUGAAUGCUUUUGCAGGAAGUAAGCUUAUCAUUGUUGGAGGCUCCAACUGGGAAAAGUAUUUUUCGGAAGUUUACGUUUUUGACAUUCCAAGCAAGGUUUGGAUAAAAUGUGGUUUUACAGGAAUAAUUCCAGUUGGUAGAUUUUGGCAUACUGCCAUAGUGUAUGAAGAGGAAUUGAUUGUUAUUGGAGGAGGAAAUUCAGAACUAGUUGAAGGAAUUACUGUUGCUAAUUUAAAACCUUUACUCUCUCUUACUGAAGCUGUAUCAUUAACACCUCUCACUUCCAUUUCUCCAAUGCCUCUUCCUGACAUACCCCAACCACUUAAACCAACCACAAUGAAGAUCAAAGCAGUGUAUAAGGGCGAUAUGAGAAUAUUUACCAAAGUGCCUGUGGACAUUUCAUAUUCUGAAUUGAAACAAUAUUUGUACGAACAGUACAAGGUUCCUGUUGUAAUGAAAUAUGUAGAACUCAAUGACGAGAAAGACGAAAUAACCAUACUCUCUGAUGAAGAGCUUCAUGAAGCUAUUCGAGCAUAUGCAGAGUUCAACAAAAAUUUGCGACUCGAGAUAAGCGAAGAAAAAGUAGACUCCUCAGAAAAAUAUGAAGAAGAUUCUCUUGUACUUCAGCAGGGAACCGACAUUAAAUGGCAACGAGGAGAAAAAAUUGGUAGAGGAGCUUAUAGCGAAGUUGUAAAAGGCUUUAAUUUAGACACAGGUGGAUGGAUGGCUGUAAAGAUAAUAGAUAUCUUCCGUUAUGACCCUGACAAAGUUGAGAAAGAAAUUGCCAAUGAAAUCAACUUGAUGAAAGAUCUGCAUCACGAAAAUAUUGUUCGAUACAUUGGUGCUGAGUUUAACAAGAAAAGAACAAAGCUAUUCAUUUACCUUGAACUUGUUGAGGGAGGCAGUAUAGAUGCAAUUGUCAAAGAAUUGGGUCCUUUAUCAGAAAGUGUUGUUCGAAAUUAUACAAGACAAAUUUUAUUCGGACUCAAAUAUCUGCAUGACAAGGGUAUCAUUCACAGAGACAUUAAGGGAGCCAAUAUAUUAGUGGAUGGCUCUGGUACUGUAAAAUUGGUAGACUUUGGACAUUCCAAAAAACUUACUGAUAACUAUCAAACAUAUAGCGUUAAAGGUACACCAAUGUGGAUGGCUCCUGAAGUUAUAAGAGAACAAAGAUACAGUAAGGCUUCCGAUAUUUGGAGUGUGGCUUGUACAGUAGUAGAAAUGAUUAUUGGUGGAUUACCAUAUCCCGACAUGGAGAAGAGAGACGCCAAUUAUGUCAUGAUAAAAAUUGCAGAGGGAAAAACACCACCAAUACCUGAGCAUUUGAGUGAGGAAGGAAAAUUAUUUUUAAAGAAAUGUUUCCAGCAAAAUCCUGAUUUUAGACCAUCAGUGGAUGAUCUCUUAAAAGAACCUUUCAUGGCCAGACUGAGAUAUGAUGGAACUUCCAAGCUUGUGGACAGUGACGAAGACAUCGAUGAUUGGGAUAGUGACAAAUAUUCAGACACGGAUGAUCACGAUCAUGAUGACGACGAGGAUGACGAUGAUGACAACGUACCUAGCGCUAAGGAUAAUAAGGGCAAGGCACCCAUGACUCCAGAGAUAGACUAUCAUGAGGAAGAGGAUGAAGAAGACGAAGACUUACUGCAGGACGAAGACGAGGAGGAAGAGGAUGAAGAUUUCGAAGAAGAGGAAGUAUCUGACUCUGAACUAGAAGAAACAACCGACGAAGAGUCAGUUCCACAAACGGAGGAUCGUUUUGCACAAAGCAUUUCACAACAGCUUAAAAACAUUCAUGCAAACAACUCAGCCAAUCUCAAUUACAAGCCUCCUACCAUCUCCACAUCUACUUUGUCGAAACACCAAACAUCUGAUGCAUCUUCAAAGGUUCCUCGUGGAGUACAACGAUCUGACUUGCAUCUCAAUCCCUAUGCGUUCCAAUCUAUCACCUUAAACUCUACUGCCCCUACUCCCGUCACAACUCCCCUUACAAGCAGAUUUGGACUUGGUAGUUCUUCCUCAGUAGCAGUAUCAUCUUCCAUCACAGGUGCUUCAUCCUCAAUAGCAGGAGCAUCUUCCUCAUCGACUACAUCAAGAAAUGUAGCAACAUCCUCAUCUUCUCAAACCCAAGGUGCUUCUUAUAACGAAGUUUUGAGUUUCUUGUCAAAGAAACAUUAA